AUGUGCCGGCCUCACAUGGCUCCAAGCGUUCUCAAUCUGGCCAUUCUCUCUUUUUUUUCCGCCCUGUCUCUCCACCACCACAUGGGCUUCAGGGGUCUUGCCUCAAACAAGCUGUACGGCCGCAUUCCUGACAGCUUCUCCAAGCUCACACACCUCACCUUUCUCAACCUCUCCAGCAACUACCUUGCCAGCCCCAUCACGCUGCCCGCCAUCAGCACCCUGCGCCUCUCCAGCAAUUUUCUUUAUGGUCCUCUGCCCAACGGGACAUGCCAGGCUCUCAAUUUCGAUAGCAACUGCUUCACACUUUCGUCUGGCUGCACUAAUGUGGUGCAGCGGCAGGAAGCAGCAUGCAAUGCAUUCUGUGGCGUCUCCACUGCAGCUGCUGCUGCUGCUCCUUGUGGUGGAGGAGGGGUGUGCGUUCCAGACCAAGUUACCCUGGUCCCAACCUGUCUAUGCGAUGCGGGGUACAUCCAAUCUGGAAUUUUCAACUGCGUGGCUGACGGGACGCAGAAGGAGACGGGGGGGGAAUUCACCGCGGAUCCAGUGCCUCUGUUUGUGUACGGGGCGGGACAGGUGGUGUCGGGGUGUGGAGUGCAGCUCGCCUUCCGGGCCAACUUCACCUUCUCCCUCGCCCCUCAAUCCGGCCGUGCUGGCAACAACGGCUUCGCCUUUGUCGUCUCGGCAACGGACCGGGUGGGGAAUGGAUCUGGUGUGGGGUAUGGUGGCAUGGACACCCGCAGCAUGGCGGUUGAGUUUGACACGCUGCGGGACAAGCUGCAUGGCGACAUGAGCACCCCGCACGUGGGGCUGAACAUUCAAGGCCAGGACCAGUCAAUAGCCGCUGUGAAGUCGCCGUUUCAGCUGACCAACAGAAAGGCAUACACGGCGUGGGUGGACUAUGAGCCUGGGGAGCCCGGCACCAUCCAGGUGUUCCUGGCUGCCACGGAGGUGAAGCCAGCUCAGCCGCUGCUGGAGAGGAGGCUGGCGCUGUGUGAGGUGCUGCAGGCUGGAGCGGAGCAGCAGGCGUUCUACUUUGGCUUCGUGGCGUCCACCACUGUGAAGCCGUUCCAGAUGCAUCUCAUCCUCAAGUCAGGAGUUCACACAGGCCUUCCAGCUCCACGCAAGCCGGUAGACAUCAUUCCAGCCUUUGGUCUGACUCUCUCUGUGGCGUCAUAUGCGCCUGUGGGAGCCAGUCCCUUCAUGCGCUACAUGAGUGCGGACUACCGAGUGUUGGCCAACCAGCAGAGUGCAUGGCAAGUCAGCGGCUCCCACUCCUGGGACUCCAUGCCCUUCCUCGGCUGGCCGGUCAAGAACCAAAAGGACUGCAGUGCGAGUUGGGCGUAUGCGGUGGUGGCGAGUGUGGAGGCAGCGUACGGCAUUGCGCUGAACAGUGAGGCGCCACGGCUGUCAGUGGACUCACUCUUUGCAGCCAUGGGGCUCACCUCCCUCACUGCCAAGUGCAUGGCAGGCGGCUCUCCUGCCGCGGCCUUUGAAAGGCUUAUCACUCUGCCCGCUGGUGGACUCACAACAGACAGCAAGCCGCCAUCGAAGUACCCCAUCCAGGGAUUUGAGCGCACGCGGUUUAAGGGUCAUGUAGGGCUCAUGCUGGCAGUGCGACGACAGCCAGUGGUGGUUCACAUUGAAGCCUCUUCUACCUCGUUUGUACAGUACGACGGGACUUUCAAGUACCAGGAUCCUGCCUGCUACACUGGCAACCUGGACCAUGCUGUACUCGUUGUUGGGUAUCUCCUUUUCACAAAUAACGGCCGCCCGAGCCAAACUGCUCCACCGUUUUGGAUCAUCCGCAACUCGUGGGGAUUGGAGUGGGGAGACAGGGGCCACAUGCGCAUGGACAUUCAGGGAGGGGAUGGUGUGUGUGGCAUCAACGUGUUGCCAGGCAUCUACCCCAUUGUCAAGAUUCCCAAGGACCCUUGCGGCCAGAAGAGCUACAAGGGCAAUGGGGAUUUGCAGCCCAGCAUGAACCCGUGCGGUCGCUUCACAUGCCAGGCGAACACGAAGACCAACAGCAACACCUGCAACUGCACCAUACCGAACGAAACCGAGCAGCCCUUUGUUGCAGUUCCGAUUGGGCCUGGCUCCAAUACUUGUGCAUAUGUUGAUGUGUGCGGUUCCUACUCUAGCAACCCCUGCGCUGUGGGGACAUGCAUCAAUGACGGCAAGGGUGCCUACUCCUGCAUCUGUCCUCCUAACUACGUUGGCAGCAUAACCGUUGACAACCUCCCCACCUGCGACCCAGCCAACACCACGGCCUCCAUGUUGACAGUCACUGGCGCCAAUUGGCUGUGCUCGGAUGUCUUCCCUGCGGCUGGCAUCUCCUUGGCUGGCUUUGCAUCGCAAAACAUGGGCAUUAACUGCAGCCAGCCUUUGCCUGCGGGCAAGGUGAUUGGGGUGGGAAGCGUCACCCCCUGCACUGCAUUCUUCUAUGCCCUCAAAGGUGAUACCUGCUCCUCUAUCAGCGUCCAGCUGGGACUCGCAUCGACUUACCUUGCCUCUCUCAAUCCCGGCCUGGACUGCUUUGAGCCCAUCAAGGCGGGCCGCUCUCUCUGCAUCGAGCGCAACGCCACCUUCGCCUUCACCGUCCCUCGCUGCUUGCAGUACGGCAUGCUCUCAGCUCAGGACACGUGCGAGAGCCUGCUGCAGCAGAGCAAGGACUCUAGUGGGGAUAAGAACACAGGAGCUGAAGUGGUGACUGCAGCCAGCUGGAUUGGUCUCUACCGCAACAAUCCCGGCCUCAUCUGCCCCCGCACCACCCCUGCCUCCAGUGCUACUGUUGCCAGCACUCAGGUUUGUCUCAAGGCCGAGUACGAGUCCAUCAAUACUAACACCUGCAAGGUGGGCAGGCUCAAGGUGGUCUCACCACUGCUCACAUGCCAAGGUGCUUUCAGCUUCUUCGGUGGAGCUAAAGCUGGACCAGCUGCAAAAUUUACUGAAUACAAUGAGAAGGCAUGCUCCGAGACCGUAGGGGUUACAUCUAUUUGUGUGCCGUAUUGA